AUGGCCUCACCAGCGUUCUCCAAUAACAGCAGUGGCAUAUCAAUCUCCGUAGCUGACGACGACGACUCAGACGAACCGAGUCGAAUGCGAGCCCGAGUGCGUAGAAAACGCAAGAAACACCAUCACCGAGUCAGGAACGAGUUUUCACAGAGAAUCAUUAGAUUUGUUUUAAAGUAUUGGACUGUCUUGAUCUUCCUUCCCGCAGCUGGGUUGCUAAUAUUUGAAGCCUCUAAGAUUGGUAGGAAACCGGGUUUGGAUGAUGUGAAAGCGUCCGAACGAGUUAACGAAGUGACAAAGCCUAGUUUUCGAGCUGAAGGGAAUAAUAAAUCGGAAGGGAACUUGAACCGGCUUGAUCCGGUGACUCACAUUGUCGGUGGUGUUAGAGAACGUUGCUUGAAGCUGCUACCGGAUGAAGAACUUCAACAUCUGGAUAUUCCAAUCCAUGAUGAUUUCAGUGGUCCUGUUAAAAAUGUGGUGUACAUAUCAGAGAAAGAUACACAACAUAUAGGAGCAAACACUACCUUGUCCGGACAGAGCACAGAAGGCUCGAGAUUUAAUUUAUUUACUGGACAUCAAACUUUUGAUCAGAGGGAGAGAAGUUUUAAGGUGAAAGAAACAGCUGAGCUGCAUUGUGGGUUUUACAGUGAAAAUGGGGGGUUUAAGAUUUCUGAUGAGGACAAAAGUUACAUGCGAACCUGCAAAGUUGUGGUGUCUACAUGUGCAUUUGGUGGUGGAGAUGACCUUCAUCAACCUAUUGGAAUGUCAGAGGCAUCUCUUGAAAAGGUUUGUUAUGUUGCAUUUUGGGACGAAAUUACUCGAGCAGCUCAGGAGUCUCAGGGGCACAGAAUUGGCGUGGACCAUUUUAUUGGGAAAUGGCGUAUUGUCGUUGUAAGGGAUCUUCCUUUUGCAGACCAAAGGUUAAAUGGUAAAAUCCCUAAGAUGUUGGGACAUCGCUUAUUUCCUCAGGCAAAGUACUCUAUUUGGGUAGAUUCGAAGUCCCAAUUUAGGAGAGAUCCUUUAGGUGUUUUGGAAGCCCUUCUUUGGCGAUCAAAUUCUGUCUUAGCAAUUUCUGAACAUGGAGCUCGCAGCAGUGUGUAUGAUGAGGCUAAGGCUGUUGUCAAGAAACACAAAGCCACCCCGGAGGAAGUGGAGGUGCAGAUAACUCAGUAUCGGCGUGAUGGCUUGCCUGAAGACAAAAGAUUGAAUGGAAAGAAAGCUCUAAACGAAGCUUCGAUCAUUGUGAGGGAGCAUACACGACUGACUAAUCUAUUUAUGUGCCUCUGGUUCAAUGAAGUAGUUCGUUUUACAUCUAGGGAUCAGAUGAGUUUCCCAUAUGUUCUUUGGCGGUUGAAAGUGCUCAAGGACAUCCAUAGGUUUCCAGUUUGCAUCCGAAAAGAUCUUGUUAAUAGUAUGGGCCAUGUACGUAAGGCCAAACCUUUGAUGAGUUGA